GUAGUUACCGCACCGCAACAGAAGGUGCAUGUCUUGUCGAUUUCCGCUUAUCGACAGGUGGUUAACGCGUCAUAAACGCUUGGAAUUGUUCAGCGUAGCCGGGAAGUUGAAACAAACGGUUUUUCAAUUUGAAUCAUCCAGUUUAGACAGUAAAGUCGAUAUUUGACCGAUUAAAUUUGUCGCAGCUCGGCCAACUUAAAUAAUAUCAAGUGUACCUAAUGUGCUAGCGCGUCGCAGUGACAGUUACUCGUUAAUAACCUGUGACCGAGUGCGGUCAUUCGCUAUGUACAAGUUCAAUAAGUAAAUAGAAAUGGACUGGACACUGUGCCUCCUUUGUGCCCUGAUCUCAAUGACAUCUAUAAGAUGCCACCAAUAUACACCCUCGCCGUACCAUCAGUACGAUCGGACAGAGACAAACCAUGACCGACUCGAUCAAGCACAACGAGCGAGCAUGCACGAUCAAGCUGCACAGCGGAUAAGCGGUGAUCAAGCUACGCAGAGGUUAAGACAAUGGGUCGAUCAAGCUACGCAGCGGAUAAGCGAACGAGAAGAUACACAGCAGAUAAGCGAAAGCCACCAAGCUACGCAGCGGAUAAGAGAAUGGGUCGACCAAACUUCGCAAAGGUUGAGCGAACGAGACGACCAAGCUACACAGAGAAUGAGUGAACGCUCACUUCCCCUGGACAGCGGUCGACACAGGCUACAAGAGUUGCAAAGAAAGAGGUUUAAUCAGGAAGAUGAGGGUUCUAGAAUCGUGAAUGAAAAUAAAAAUUCAGGAUUUCAUUCGACGCCUAGAAGAGGCGCGGUGCCGGAUCCGGUAGUAUCGCCGGACGUAGUGGUGUUCCCGGGCCCGAGCCGACGGUCCGAUCAGACACAGUUCGUCCCCAGCGUGCCGGAGGAGUGUCUGCGCACGGGCAUCUGUGAGGACUUGCCCGACUACCCGGAGGAUCACGUCGCCGACAUCAUUGAGAAGCUCGGCAACGCGGCAGACAAGUACAAGGUGGACGAGCUGGACACACCAGAAAUAGCGCAGCGGAUCGGCCCGCCGGAGGAAAUGGAGCUCUGCGAGUUUUCGCUUAAGGUGGUUGUACCGAAGGCGGCUCCAGACAAAGACGGCAAUUGGCACUAUAUCCUAAACCAGAAGGACAAGCCUUUGCAGGGCUUCCACGUUGAAAUAUGCAAAGAGGAUAAAUCCCCCUGCGCGAAGCUGGCGCACUUCUACUCGGGCUACGAAGCCAGCUGCAAACAGAAGUACAUGCUGCGGUACAUGGCCGGCCUGAACGCCAACGGCGAGAUGGUCGAGAAGGCUUUCAAGUUGCCUAGCUGCUGCUCUUGCGUGGUCCGACAAAUCGAUUAGUGGCCGUCUGUCCGCGGAUUUACAUUCGCGCCUCGUGGUUUGGCUCGCGGCUUGUCUCGAUCGUGUCUCGGCCACAGCUCGUGAGCUCCUCGAGCUUAUGUACACACUCUCGCCUCGUGGUUCGGCUCGCGGCUUGUCUCGUGUCUCGGCCACAGCUCGUGAGCUCCUCGAGUUUAUGUACACACUCUCGCCUCGUGGUUCGGCUCGCGGCUUGUCUCGUGUCUCGGCCACAGCUCGUGAGCUCCUCGAGCUUAUGUACACACUCUCAGCUCGUGGUUUGGCUCGCGGCUUGUCUCGUGUCUCGGCCACAGCUCGUGAGCUCCUCGAGCUUAUGUACACACUCUCGCCUCGUGGUUCGGCUCGCGGCUUGUCUCGUGUCUCAGCCACAGCUCGUGAGCUCCUCGAGUUUAUGUACACACUCUCGCCUCGUGGUUCGGCUCGCGGCUUGUCUCGUGUCUCGGCCACAGCUCGUGAGCUCCUCGAGCUUAUGUACACACUCUCGCCUCGUGGUUCGGCUCGCGGCUUGUCUCGUGUCUCAGCCACAGCUCGUGAGCUCCUCGAGCUUAUGUACACACUCUCGCCUCGUGGUUUGGCUCGCGGCUUAUCUCGUGUCUCGGCCACAGCUUGUUAGCUCCUCGAGCUUAUGUACACACUCUCGCCUUGUGGUUUGGCUCGCGGCUUGUCUCGUAUCUCGGCCACAGCUUGUGAGCUCCUUGAGCUUAUGUAUACUCUCACACCUCGUGGUUCAGCUCGCGGCUUGUCUCGUGUCUCGGCCACAUCCUCUAAGCUCGUCGAGCUAAUCAAUUUUAAACACAAGCAGCACGGUAUAAGGUUUGUAACCGAAUGAAAAGCCGAACGCGAAUGUAAACAGCAAGCGCGCGUCCCCCGCGAGCCCCUUUGACUCGUGCCCAUAAAAUCACUCAGGACGUGAGAUUGGCGAGUGGCGAGCCGAGCCACGAGCCCACCGUUUAUAUAUACGUCUCGUGGCUCGGCUCGCGACUCGGCUCGUCACUCGCACGCGAAUGUAAAUACGCCAUAUUGAGUGCACCUUUGAAGUGACCAAGUGUGCACGCAGUGUUGCAAGGUCUCUUAAGUCAUAAAUUAAGUUUCGUUUAAUUAAAAGAUAGAUUUUUAUUGCGGAAGUUAAAUUUUGUUCUUGCAUUAUCAAAAAGUCGGCUUAUUGCGGCCAAAUCAUAAAUCGCGCACUUCGAGCAAUACCGGAAAGGGACUAGCCGAAGCGAUAUAUCUUACCGUACAAAUCGUUCUCCCUUUUUUCGGGGGGAAACGUGCAAGUAAGACUUUCAAAAGUACGUAGGUAUGUUUAUAAAGUCGUACCUGCACAACUGUACCAAGAUGGCAAGAAUAUAAGAUCCCUAAGAAUUAUAUAUUUUUCAGUAAUAUCGAUGUUAUGGAUAAUUGUUUGUUGAAAAGCAUCAUUGUGAUAAUGAAAACUUAAUGUAAGUAUAUGCUUAAUGUAUAAAGUAUCUUUACCUACCGAAUAAACCAAUUUUGUACUUACUUAA